GUACAUUGCGCAGCUGUGGCACAAUGACCACAAAGGAGCUGGAGGAUGCGUAUCCGCCAGCACUCUGCCCCAUCGAUGACUGCACGGAGCUGGUGGCCCACUCGCACUUGCUGCGGCACAUAAUGAGCGCCCACAUGGACAGCUCGCCCCCGUGCAAGCUGAUCGCCGAGCAGACGCAGUUGCGGGAGGUGACCACGGGAGCGGUGACGCUGCUGAUGCUGGACUACCACCGCCUGCCGCUGGGCCGGGACCUGUGCCUGGCCGUGCUCAACUGGCGGGGCGACGGCCGCUGGGACCUAUCGGUGCCGCAGCGUGAUCUAUCGCAGAGCGUCCAGGCGCUUAGCCUGCACGUGCCCGUGCUGGUGAUGGUCUGCCGCAGCACCUGGAAGUCCUUGUUGACGCCACCCUGCAGCCGACCCGGGCCGAACGAGCGCAGAGACGUCGACCGGGAGUUGGGCAAGCUGCUGCUCAUCUGGCUGCUGUGCCCGGCCAUCCGUCGACCCGUGGCCGUCACCCUGGGAAUCAUCAACAGCGAACUAAAGUGCCAGCAGCGGCAGCGCCUCCUGCUGCGCAACUUCGCCACGCGCGUCCACAUCAAUCACUUUCUCACUGCACCGGAUCCCUACUUUCUGCACAUCGAAGAGGAGGAUCUCGAGGAGUUGUGCGACUCGGGGCAGUCGGCCGUUUUCCUCGAGCUGGUGAUCAAUGGAGAGCUGCAGCCACAGCCCCAGCUCGCAAAUUGAAGCCUCAGCUAAUCG